AUAGCUGGGUGUGUAUUUUAGUGAGUUCAGCUAAUCUUUACAUUGCAUUGUGGAUAUGCAAAUGAUAAUUUAAUAGUUUUAGAAUAUAAUGUUGUAGGAUCAUUGACUGUAAAAGUGUACCAUGAUGGUUGUGUAUUCCAAGAGGCUAUCACCCUCAUGUCAUUACUUUGAAAGACCACCAGGGGUCAGUGAUCUGGGUUCACCAACCGCCCCGCCCCCACCCCUGCUCCACUGCAUCCCUUCCCGGGCAUGAAAAAGCUCCUAAAACCUGAGACAAGGCUGCUGAGACCAAAAUGUCCAUUAGCUUUCCUGCUUUGUCGAGCUUGUCCACUGAUGAUUUAAUCAAAAGAAUAAUUGAAGCUGGAAUACAAAUUAAUGAAGAAGAAGCAAGGAAAUUCAGGGAAAAUGACGUGGAUGGAGAAACGGUGGAUUGUGGACUCACUGAAGCCAUGGUUGGAUACCUGUUUGAUGGUUCCUUCAAAAAGCAAAUAAAAUUUCAACAGUUUGUGCACCAAUACAAGGAGGGUGAGACCAUCAUUACAUUGGAGCCAGUACCAGUUCAGUCUACAGCAGAGCUCCAGCCUCAGCCUUCAGCUGAUCCAAAUGGUGGACCAGCUCGCAAGAGACUACCCAUUGUGAUUGUCCUUCCAACCUUUCCCAGAGAUGUCCAGAUGAGGCUUGAUGCCAAGGAACCAUGUCACAAAGUACCAAAACUACGCAACAAAAUAAUCAGAGUGCUGUAUGAAAUGAUGGCAGAAUACACCCUGUAUCCAACCAACGCAGAAUAUAUUCAAGUUGCCAAAGCACUGAUUAUGAAAUACCCUUUCCUGAGAGAUAUGGAGGGGAAUGGCUAUCACACCUGGCACAUGUCCCUAAAGCGGAAAUUUAAAGCAGAACGUGCACCACUUCUCAGCGACAGUGAAGUCAGAAAGCUGAAAGAGAAGUUUGGCCACACAAGACAGUCCAAAGCCACCAGUGCAUCAAUGAGUUUGUGCCGAAAGCCAGCUAAUGUAACAUUUGACAUUUGUGUUGGGAGGAUUCCGCAUCUGUUGAGGCCCAUGUGA